AGCGAAGAGGAGAUGCACACGGCACUCGAGUGAGCUCAGAGUGUGAGAGGAAAAAGGCGGGAAAGAAAGAGAAAAAAAAAAGAGCCCAUUGGAUCAGGACCAGGGUCAAAGUGGCAUGCCCCAUCAGUACGUGGUACCAAGAAGAGGAGAGGAUGAGAGUCCAAGUGCACACCAAGUUCUGUUUCAUCUGUUUGUUCACACUCCUCCUCCAUCAGUGCAGUCAUUGUCACAGUGACAACCAUCACCAACACCACGCCGACCAUUCUCACAACGACCCCGACGAAGUCCACAGACACGCCCACAGCGACCUGCAGAUUUCCCAGGAGCCCUACACGGGGCCCUCGGCCCGACAGACGCCCGGUAACCAUGAAGACCCCGCCAAGAACGAGCAGCGUUACUACAUUCAGCAGCUGUUCCGGCGCUACGGGCAGCAGGAUCGGCUUGACUUCAGGGGCUUCCAGAGCCUGCUGAUGAGCCUGGGGCUGGGGGAGGUGCGGACGGUGGAGAUGGAGCACGAGGACCACGACCACGUGUCUCACCUGGAUCUGCUGGAGGUGCAGGAAGGACAUCACUCGCACUCGCCUGGCCACCCGCAUCCGGACCAUCCUCAUCCUCAUCAUCAUCAUCCUCAUUCCCACCACAACCAUAAUCCUGAUGGUGACACGUCGACUUCCCGGGUAUCUCAGUCGCCCUGCAGCCCGACGACAGACAGCGGACCACUGGAUCCUCACGACGCAGAGCGUGGUCACGAAAAGGACGGUGACCACGCGCACGACCACACACAUGACGACCACAACCACGAUCACAAUCAGACCCAAGGCCUUGACGUAGACCACGCUCACCCACAUAGCCAUGACGACGAGCACAGUCACGAACGUGCUGUCAAUCACACACGAGACCACGACGGCAAUGAUCUCAACCCAGAGACCGCGCCACAAAUCGAACGGACGCACGCCCAUGGUCACGAAGACCACGGCAGCGAAGGACACCAUCACGAUCAUCAAAACCAACAUCCCCGUAAACAUCCACACCACCAUCACCAGCAUCACCAACACACUCAAAACAUCACACAGACACCCUCAGCACAACCCACAGAGGCAUCAGAGCCUACUACAGAGACCUCUGCCUCAACGCAGCCGCCAACAGCAAGGCCUAAGAGGAACAGGAAACCCAACAGAGGCAGACCACAGCAAGGCCGGAACAGGGUCCCUGAGGCCUCCAAACCUCCUCCUAGUGUUUCAGAAGAGGACAGGGACCAUGAACACGGUCACGACCAUGAACACGACCAUGAACACGGUCACGGUCGCGGUCAUGGUCAGAGCCCCGUGAAGAAGGGGAAGAGAGAGGUGCCGGAGGAAACCUUGACCCCCGCUUUCACUAACUUGGCUGUGCAUGUGGAUCACGCAGUUCACCAACACGAGGAGUGUCUGAACCUGACACAGCUGCUAAACUACUAUGGCCUGAGUGCGGACUCGCUCAUCUCGCCGGUCCAGUUUACCUACCUGUGCCCAGCUCUGCUCUACCAGAUCGACAGCCGUCUGUGCAUUCGUCACCAGCAUCACGUCAGCGUGAAGGAGACUGAUGAACAGGCUCCAAACACAGUGUGGAUCUGGGUGUGGGGCUUUGUGUCCAUCACCAUUAUCAGCCUGUUGUCUCUGCUGGGCGUGGUACUGGUGCCCAUCCUCAACCAGUCCUGUUUCAAGUUCCUCCUCACCUUCCUGGUGGCCCUGGCCGUGGGAACACUCAGUGGAGACGCCCUGCUCCACCUGCUCCCUCACUCUCAGGGAGGCCAUGACCACGGAGCUGAGGGGCACAGUCAUGAAGGUGAAGACCUGCUGUCAGAGUUUGACGCGGUAUGGAAGGGUCUGACCGCGCUGGGGGGAAUCUACCUCCUCUUUAUCGUGGAACACUGCAUCGGCAUGGUCAAACACUACAGAGACCAAGGGGGAUCGUUCUUUAAGAGGAAGAAGAGGGGAGAGGAGGGGAAGAUUGGGAGGAAGCUGUCAGACCACAGGUUGAACAGGCGUUCUGACGCUGAGUGGUUACACCUGAAACCGCUAACAGAAGGCCCUGAUAACUCAGCAGUGUCUGGGCACAAUGACACCCAGCUGACAGACCUCCAGCCACCAGACUCGCCCAGUAAGACCCCACUGGCCAUCACAGACACCAAACAGGGCCAGCAGGGGGCGACGAGUCCCGCCAGGAAGGGCAGCAAGAAGGAGGACGGGAGGAAGCGCGGGCACGGCCACUCUCACGGCCACGGGCACUCCCAUCACGGGCACUGCCACUCUGACCAAGAAAUGAAGGAUGCUGGGAUAGCCAGCAUCGCCUGGAUGGUCAUUAUGGGAGACGGCAUGCACAACUUCAGCGACGGCCUCGCCAUCGGUGCGGCUUUCAGUGCCAACAUCACAGGGGGCAUCAGCACUUCGGUGGCUGUGUUCUGCCACGAGCUGCCCCAUGAGCUGGGAGACUUUGCGGUGCUGCUAAAGGCUGGCAUGUCGGUGAAGCAGGCCAUUGUGUAUAACCUUCUCUCCGCCCUCAUGGCCUACGUGGGCAUGUUGAUUGGCACGGCCGUGGGACAGUACACGCACAACGUCACCAGCUGGAUAUUCGCCAUUACAGCUGGCAUGUUCCUGUACGUGGCUUUGGUCGACAUGCUGCCGGAGAUGCUCCACGGAGACAGCGAGGAGCACAAGCGCUCCCACAUGGGUCACUUCAUCCUGCAGAACGUGGGCAUGCUCACCGGCUUCGCCAUAAUGCUGCUCAUCGCCAUAUUCGAGGAUCAAAUCGUGAUCGAAUUUGGCUUUUGA